GGAGAUCCGUGACCCCCUUAAAUCUUGGAUAAGAUCUUGUUCCUCUCUUCUUUAAUGGUGACAUGUAGCUGUACUGGGUGGUCCUUGCAGCUGCUGUUCAUGCUUCUUUGUCAGAGCUUAAUGGCUUUGUUCUUUGACAGAGCAAAUGUGUUCUUGAGGAUUUUUUGAGAUAGAAAAUGUUUUCUUGGGGAUUGUGAUUCAUGGGGUGUUUGUUCUUUGCCUUUUCAUUCUGGAAUCUCUGUUCUUGGUGUUCUUUUUUCCUUUGAUCGAGUUUGCUCUGUCCUUCUGGUUCUCAAUUUGCUGCCGCAGAUUGUCCAGAGUCUUUCUCGGUUCUUGACGUUCUUGCCUCUUUCCAUCCAAGUUUUCUUGAGGUUUUAGAUCGAGCGGUAGCUCUCCGCCUUUUGAUUUGGCUUUUAUCUGCGACAUGUCGUUCAGGUUCUUCGUUACUUGUCGAUGUUCUUGCCUCGUUCGAUCGAAGUUCUUGAGGGUUCUGAUCGAGCGUUUGCUCUCUGCCUCCUGAUUUAGCAUUUAUCUGCAACAUUUAUUUCAGGUUCUUCAUCAGUUCUUGAGGGUGUUGAUCGAGCGUUUGGUCUCUGCCCUGCGGAUUUGCAUUUAUCUGUCACUUAUUGUUCGGGUUCUUCAUCAGUUGUUGAUGUUUCGAUCAAAGUUCUCGAGGAAUCCAAUCGAGUGUUUGCGCUCUGCUUCGUGGAUUUGCAUUCUGUGCGAUAUAAUCCUCGAGGACUUUGAUCGAGCGUCUGUUCUUUUCCUUUGCGUCAAAUCUUGAGGACUUCGAUCGAACGCACUGUCCAUUUUCUCGUCAUCCCCUUCUCCUCAUGAUUCAGCUGAGCAAGAGGAGCUCAAAUCAACAGGAUUUCAUGCUUCGGAUUGCAACCUCGUAGCUGCAAUCUGAUUUGUCGAGCCAUGGUGACAGGUCGCUCGCGCAUUCCUUCGAUCGACGAUGGCGAGCCGAGAAAUGGCCCUCCUGGGAGUUCACCUCCUGCUAUGCUGGGCCGCGGUCUCGGGAGCAGAGUACGCCAAGUACAAGGAUCCGAACCAGCCGGUGAAAUGGCGCAUACGAGAUCUGAUGCAGCGGAUGACGCUCGCUGAAAAGAUCGGUCAGAUGACGCAGAUCGAAAGGAAGGUGGCGACGCCGCAGAUCAUGAAGGACUUCUUCAUCGGUAGCGUGCUCAGUGGUGGCGGAAGCGUUCCUGCUCCUCGGGCCUCUGCCGAGGCCUGGGUGGACAUGAUCAACGAGUUCCAGAGAGGAUCGCUGUCGACGCGGUUGGGGAUUCCGAUGAUCUAUGGGAUCGACGCUGUUCAUGGCAACAACAACGUCUACAAUGCGACCAUGUUCCCCCACAACAUCGGUCUGGGAGCUACGAGGGAUCCCGAGCUCGUGAAGAGGAUUGGAGCCGCGACCGCCCUCGAAGUCAGGGCGACGGGCAUUCCCUACGCGUUUGCGCCAUGUAUUGCGGUUUGCAGAGAUCCGAGGUGGGGACGGUGCUUCGAGAGCUACAGCGAAGACCACAGGAUCGUGCAGGCGAUGACGGACAUCAUCCUCGGCCUUCAGGGAGACGUGCCCGAGAACCACGCCAAGGGCUUCCCUUAUGUCUCUGGAGAAAGGAAGGUGGUGGCCUCUGCUAAGCACUUCGUCGGAGACGGCGGGACACAGAAGGGGAUCAACGAGAACGACACGAUCAUCGACCCCAACGGGUUGUUCGGCAUCCACAUGCCUGCCUACGUCGACGCCAUUGCCAAGGGCGUGUCCACCGUCAUGAUCUCUUACUCCAGCUGGAACGGAGUCAAAAUGCACACGAACCGCGACCUGAUCACGGGCGUCCUCAAGAACAAGCUGGGCUUCAAGGGAUUAGUGAUCUCGGACUGGGAGGGCCUCGACAGGAUCACGAGCCCGCCCGGCGCAAACUACACCUACUCCGUCGAAGCUGGAAUAAACGCCGGUAUCGAUAUGGUGAUGGUACCGAAGAGGUACAAGGAGUUCAUCGGCAACCUGACGUUUCUGGUCAAGAACAAGUUCAUCUCCAUGAGCAGAAUCGAUGACGCCGUGAGGAGGAUCUUGAGGGUGAAAUUUGCACUUGGCUUGUUCGACAAACCGCUGGCCGAUCAUAGCUUAGCUGAUCAGCUCGGGAAAAAGGAACACCGGGAAUUGGCAAGGGAGGCCGUAAGGAAAUCGCUGGUGCUGUUAAAGAAUGGGAACUCUGACGACGGCCCGCUGCUGCCGCUGCCUAAGAAAGCCCCCAGGAUACUUGUGGCAGGAAGCCAUGCCCAUAACAUAGGAUAUCAAUGCGGCGGAUGGACCAUCGAAUGGUACGGCGGCAGCGGAAGGAUCACAGCCGGCACCACGAUACUGGAGGCCAUCCGAUCCACGGUGGACCCGGCGACCGAGGUGGCGUUCUCCGAGAACCCCGACGCGGACUUGCUCAGAGACCACGACUUCUCCUACGCCGUCGUGGUGGUCGGAGAGCACCCCUACGCUGAAACCUUCGGAGACAGCCUCAACCUCACCUUGGCCGCUCCUGGUCCGACCACGAUUCAGACGGUGUGCGGCGCUGUCAAGUGCGCCGUGGUUCUCGUAACCGGCAGGCCGGUGGUGAUCGAGCCCUACCUUCCGGGGAUGGAUGCGCUGGUGGCCGCUUGGCUGCCUGGUUCCGAGGGCCAAGGCGUUGCCGACGUCCUGUUUGGGGACUACGAAUUUACGGGAAGGCUCCCCAGCACCUGGUUCAGGUCUGUGGACCAGCUUCCCAUGAAUGCCGGUGAUGCACAUUACGAUCCCCUAUUCCCCUUGGGCUUCGGCUUGACGACGGAGUCUCGCAUCAGCGACAUGUGAA